ACGCUCCAGCCAUGAUCGGGCCGCCCGAUCCUCACCGCUGAGCCACGACGAAUCUGGACCCUGCGCCAUCUCGCAAGCUGCAUGCAGCCGCUUAGCGGCUCCGAGCUCCAUCUUAAUAUGUGCCUUGCCUCGACAACAACAACACACUGUAUCAUUGACGCUUUACACACACACAUUGGGUUGAUAUAUUUAGUGUCGCGACAAUAUGGCAACCAUGGAAAUGCAUUCAUUGGGCUCGCGCUCCCUGAACCACGCGUCCGCCGAUACAGAAGCCGAGUACGACCGUCUCCGAGACCUUGCGCGCCAGGAGGCUGCGAAGCGAUCCUCAUGUUUCGACCGCGCGCAUCAAGCAUACGAAUCCGGCGAUGGAGCGCGUGCUCACGAGCUCUCUGAAGAGGGCAAAGCCCAUGCAGCGAAAAUGAACCAGUACAACAACCAGGCGCGCGACUACAUCUUCAGGGAAAACAACGCCGAGGGCCGCGUGGCUGGCGAUACCAUUGACCUCCACGGCUUGUUCGUAGAAGAGGCCGAGGAUGUUCUGGAAGAGAGGAUCAGGGUUGCCAGGCAGAGGGGAGAAAGCCAUCUGCAUGUCAUUGUGGGCAAAGGCAACCAUAGCAGGAACCAUGUCCAGAAGAUCAAGCCAAGAGUUGAACAAGUGUGCCGUGAAUUGGGAUUGCAGUACCGCACCGAGGAGAACGAGGGUAGGAUCUUCGUAAACCUCCAAGGUGGAGAUGUCCACGAGAUGCCACCGCCUCCCCAGGCACCGAGCUAUGGUGGUUACCCAGGGCAGCACGGUGGUCAACAUGGCGGUCAGCACCAUGGAGGUCAGCCGCAGCAUGGUGGUCAACAGCAUGGUGGCCAGCAACACCAUGGUCAACAGCAGGAUAACAACGAUGAGAUUGAGCAGAUGGUCAAGAAGGGCUUGCCUAAGUUGCUUAAGAUGCUCAAGUGCUGCACAGUCAUGUAAGGGCUCAGUCGGUCCAUUCUUGUGCAGAGUGAGAGAGGAUGGCUUGGAGGGUCGGAAAGAUCUCCAAGGCACAUGUCACGUUGGGAAGAUGUUGAUACCCCUGGGUCGGAUGAAUGGAAUGUGUUGGAUAAGGAGCGCUGUUACAUUGUAUGUAGGAUCUGCUGUGUAUUUGGA